UUUAAAGAGCGUCCCGCGGAAGCACGCACUCACUGCAGCACCGUCCCGCCGCGGGAUGGAUGAACCGGACGUGGCGCCUCAGCGGAACGGGUCCGCCGCGGGCGCGCGCAUGCACGGUUUGUUCACGGACGCGGACACCGGGCGGCUCACAGUCGCGCUGACUCUGUCGGACAGCUGUCUGACGGUCCGGAGGAUCGACUGCGCUUCACCGCCGGAGCACCUGGACCUGCGCGACUGUCUGGGGAGCCGCGCGCACCGGGGCGAGGCGCAGGGCGCGCAGCUCUGCGUGUAUUUCUACCCGUACCGGCGCCGCUGGAUGGUCUCGGCCCCGGUGCGCCAAAGGGACGAGCGGCGCUUUCGACUCGGCACGGAGGAAAGCGAUGAGGACGCGAGCCUGCGCGAGGCUCAACGGUGGGCGCGCGCCAUCAACACCGCGCGGCGUCCGGAACACACGCACGGUGUGUUGUUCUCUGAGGUCCGUCGACCGUGUGGCGUGAUGGUAUUGGUCAAUCCUCAGAGUGGGCGGGGCCAAGCCAUGGCUCUCUAUAACAGCCACGUUCAGAGGAUGCUCACCGAGGCAGAUAUACCACACAAGCUCUUCAUCACAGAGCGUCAGAAUCACGCGCGGGAUCUGGUGCGGAGCGCUGACCUGACGCAGUGGGACGCUCUGCUCAUUCUGUCUGGAGACGGACUGCUGUUUGAGGUAGUGAACGGUCUAAUGGAGAGGCAGGAUUGGGAAAAGGCCAUCCAGACUCCUCUGGGAAUCCUGCCCGGAGGUUCAGGAAAUGCACUGGCUGCAUCUGUCCAUCACUACACACGCGCGUCUCCGGUGUGGGGUGAAGAUCUGCUCACCAGCUGUGGCUUCUUGCUGUGUAAGGGUCUGGUGUCUAACCUGGACCUGGUCUCCAUCCGUCUGUCGUCCGGUGCCCGUGUCUUCUCCUUCCUGUCUCUGGCCUGGGGCUUCGUGGCCGACGUGGACAUCGAGAGCGAGCAGUUCCGGCAGAUCGGAGCGCUGCGCUUCAUGCUCGGCACGCUUCUGCGCCUGGCCUCCUUACGGGUCUAUCAGGGAAAACUGGCCUUCCUGCCCGCCGAGAGCAAGAGCGGACCGGAUUCCGCGAGCUCUCCCCCCGCCGACAGCCGGCUGCCCGACCACCUGCUCGCCCCGCUGGAGCAGCCCGUCCCGCGGGACUGGACGCAGGUGGAGGAGCGGGAGUUCGUCCUGGUGCUCGCCAUGUUCCAGUCGCACCUGAGCGAGGAUCUGCUGGCGGCUCCGGACGCACGCGCAGACGACGGGCUCAUCCACCUGUUCUACGUGACUGCGGGAAUCUCGCGCGCCGCGCUGCUGCGGCUGUUCCGGGCCAUGCAGAGCGGGACGCACCUGGACUGCGGCUGCGCACACCUGGUGUACCGGCGCGCGCGAGCGCUGAGGCUGGAGCCGCUAAGCGCGGCUGGCGUCAUGACGGUGGACGGGGAGCGCGUGGAGCACGGGCCCGUUCAAGCGCAGGUGCACAGAGGAGUGGCGCGCCUCAUCUCCGCGUGAACCAGCUACAACCGUUCAAUGGCCAGAUUAGAAUUAGAGCGCAAUUCCAUAAAAGCGCCGAUGGCAGGGAAAAACUCUGCGAGUGAUUUACCAACAGUGGCUCUUUUAGGCGCCAAUUCUUCACUGUGCGUCCUGACAGAACUGUUUUAACGACAAAAGACGGUUUACGCUGGCGGAAGCUGUUAGUAAAUCUGGCCCUUAAACGGAAAAUACUUUACCUGAAGCAACCGCACAAUCCUGACUGGCUGCCGUUAAACUUGAAUUUAAUGUUCGUUCGUUUGUUUUAUUGAGGAAUUGUAAUUUUGAGUGAAUCUCACGAAACCAGGUGUCCCCCAAAAUCAAAAGGAAAAACGGGAAAUUAAAUGAUAUUCUUUGUGGGUUACAAGAUUGACUGUUUUUACAUUGACAUUGUUUCCCUGACAUAAGCGUGCAUAAUUUAAAUAUGCAAAAAAAAUAUUUCUUUUCUUAGAUUUUUUGGGAUGAAAUGUGAACUUGAGCCGGUUGAGAGUCAUCCCUCCUGAUGCUUGUUCAUCUAAAACAUGUAUAGGUCGCAUUUCAACCCACAAAAAAAAAAAAGAAAAACAUAUUUUGCAUAAGAAAAAUGUAAUGUUUUUACAAGUUAAUUUUUACAUUAAUUUUCCUGACAGUUAAACAUAUUAAACUAAACAAUUUUUUUAUUGAAAAAUACCACAAUGAAACAUAUUCAUGUGAUCUACAAAAUAAGGUUGAUUUUGUUUAUGCAAACAAAUAAACUGAUAAAAUACAUAUUUAUUUUUAUUUGCCUUUUAAGGUGAAAUAUGAGCCUGGCAGGUUGUGAUUUAUUUUUGGCUCACACUUCACUCUAAAAAUCAGAAGAAGGAAAAAAGAAAUGCAUUACUUUAAGCAAAACAUUAUUAUGAAUUGAUUUUCUAUGAGGGAAAUAUGAACUGAACAAGUUAAGAUUCAUCAUCUCAUGUCAUGUCCAGAUCACAUUUCACCCCAAACAACAAAAGAAAUUACAUUUUGCAUUAGGAAUUUUUUUUUUACAUUGUGACAUUAUUUUCAUUCGUCAAGCAUAUUAUUUCCUAAAUAAUAAUUGAAAACACUCCCAAUGCAAAGCUUCUUCAUUUAAUACAAAAUACGUUUUUUUUUUUUAUGCAAAACGCAGUUCCUUAUUUUUUUGCUUGUAUUUUUGGAGUGAAGUAUGAGACCUGUCAUCUCUGAGGUUUGGUGAGUUUCAUGGUCAUCUGUAUUAUGCUGGAGUUUAUGCUGCUGCGAUACACCAAUCUUGAUUUUCAGAAGUGCCAAUGUUGAAAAUAUGAUGACGUUGUUCAUCUUAAUGUUUCUAUGAUAUAAAUCAGGUUAUGUUUAUUAUUAUUUAAGAGCGGUUUGACUGUCAGUGUGUGUGUUUGUGGUGAAGCCUCACCAGCACCAAUGUAUCUCAAAAUCAUCUCCAACAGAGUCUGAAGUUUUUAUUAUGCCUGCCGUGGACAAGCCAUUAUUUAAAAUAUAAAUACUAAAAUGAAAAACAGAAAUAUUUUCCUUCUAGCCAUGAACUGUUUUGCUGUUAUUAGCUAUUAUUAGCUGUUUCUCUAUGUACCGAACAUUCUGCCUUCAGAUCCUCCUGGGAAUUUAAAUCUUUCAUCAAAAACAUACAAAAUAACUGCUAAAUAUGCUGUAUUGUUGAUAUUGUAAUAUGCUCAAUGCCCCGUUACUGAAAGCUUGUUUUUCUUGAAAUUCUUAUUAAACUAUUUUACAUUUUAAAAAGCUCUUAUAAGACACAAAACCUGAUUCGCUUCUGGGGUCAGACAGAUUCUAACAUUAAGAUUUUAAAUUAAUAAUUUACAAAACAACAAGAAAAUGCACAGAUGUUCAUAAGGAGCAGUAAUUGACAGUAUGCUUAUAUCAGCAUCAACUUAGUUCAUAUUCAUGGCAUAAUUAUUAUUUUUCAAAUCAAAACUAAUCUGUACAUCUGUUCAAGACUCUCACUUCCUGGGUGAUGUCAUCAGUGAAAGGUUACAACAUUUAUUAAAUGAACAUCUAUAGCCAAAGCUGUCUGCUUCAUUGUGAACUAAAACAUUUUUAAAGUUGUGAGCUUAUAUCAUUUUAGUCUGGCACUGAGGUUCUGGGUUUUAAAACAAAUGAUAUUCAAGUAUUUGCAUUAAUAAAAUUAAAUAACAGCACAAUAUCUUAGAUGUAUUAAAGCUAAAAUGUCAAAAUAUCAGUGACCAGUCCUUUUACAGUAGAAUUUUGUUCCGGCAUGAUUCAGGCUAAUCAUGACUGAAAGGUUUAAAGCCAUAGCAAUGAUCAAACAUCCACAGAACAUGUUGUGUUGAUUUGUGUUUAGAUGACGUUCUCUAGAGUCUGUAACGUGAACUGUGCGACUUAUUGAAUCAGAGUUGAAAUGAUGUAAACAACACUCCAUAUUGUUUUUUAUGGUAAAGGAAUUAUAUCUCUUUGCGCAAUGAUUUUGAGACAUUUGAUUUUUGCACAAUACUGUACGUGACCGGAGGUGAACAAUCGGAAUAUAAAAGUGCUUUGAUUUAUUUGCAAAUUAAAAAUGUGCGUUUGAUUGUAAAUGUACUGUGAUAUUUAAGUAGCACUCUAUAUACUUGAUAUAUAUAUAUAAAAAUAUGUUCUAUAUUUUUCCAAAAUGAUACAUUUUUAUGAAAAAAAAGAGAAAUAAAAUUUCAGACGGUAAACGCA